AUGGCUAGAGGGCUGAGCAACUCUUGUUCCUCCGAUGGCGAUGAUCAUUUCAUCAGCGUGAUGCGCCUUUUUAACGAAAACAAGGAGCAUGUGAAUGACCGCAGAAUCUCCUUUCCAAGAUGGAUUGAGAAAUACUGCGACUAUUCUCAUACUAAACACGCACAAGCCGGUGUCCAUGAUCUGAGCGAUCCUAAUCUUGAGGUUCAGAGGAAGAUGGGUAUCUUGAGCAACAAGGUGUGGACUGUUGAAAUGAAGGAUCCCAAUCAACUCGCUCAGUACUGCGCCUUCAAGACCAUCAGGGACCUCAGCUCUUAUGUUGAUGUCAUUGUUCCAGACAUUGUUUACCAAGCUGCCUUUGUUACGCAGAACUACUUCCUGGUGCCUCAAUCCUACUUCAACAGAAACGACGUUGGAAGUUCCUCGCAGAAUCUCAUUGAACCGCUCAACACACAAUUUCGCGACUACCAAAGGCAGCUUCGAUACGAAAAUCGCAUGAUGGACAUUGAUGUUAUGGACCCAAUGAAAGUUUUGAGGGCUUUCCAUAGCGAUGGAAAGGUUCGGCGGUUCAUCAAUGAUGUCGCAAAGCUUUGCACGAAGCCCACCUUCAUCCCAGUGCUCAACCAAACCGUUUCUACGCCUGGCGAGCCGGGCAAGAUCUCGCCUUGCGCGUUUAUCCUAGCACAUGCUGUUCAGAUACUUCUUUUCGCCCCUCAGGAUUGGGACUCCGGUCGUGUCUACACCAGAGAUCAAGGGGCCUACGCUCAUCGAUUUCCAACCCCUGAAACGAUUGGAGGUGGGACAACACCCGCUGUCGCUGGACCCUUCUCUAUGGAAGACCUCCACCGCGCGGUUUUGUUGUUCUACUACUUGCUCAAACGACGAAGUGCUUCGAAAUGGAUUACUAGGACUGCCCCUCAAAGUUCAUCUAAUGCCGAGUUUCCAGGUUAUCACUGUCCCGCCUCCCCAACAAUGAAUCAAGACCAAUUUGAAGUUGCUCCUGCGCCACUGUCAAAUGAGGAGCCUGCCAACCUUAUGGCUAAACCCCAACCUGACCAGCCGGCGACUUUGGCGGAUGCGGAUGCACCUGAAGCUCUCGAUGAACCGCAGCCGAUCAGAGGGCUCAACACGAUCAAGAUCAACACAAUGUUCAUAGAGUCUGCGACAACCACGCGCCCAAGACGAAGUGUCGCCGAGCGCCAGAGAAAGCUGCGUAAACCUGAAAUGCAUCCACUUCUUGAAUGGGAGCUCAAGGCUGAAGUCGCUUGCGCCAAGGAACUUCAUGCCCAGCCGGACUUCGACAAGCUCUUCGCGAGAUCUCGUGAGACCGAAACGCGAGUCGCCUUCUCCCUCGAAGGGCCCGGUAUUGCCGCCUUGUUGGUAGACUCGAGGCCAGGUACUGGUGAUAUCUCACCUACUAUUAUCAUUGAAGAAUACGACUUCCGCGAUGAAAACCCCACUGCUUGUCUUGUUGCAGAGAUCAAACCCAAAGUUUCGGGACAGCUGUACAACCAGACAGAUAAAGAGAUGCUAGAACACCGCAAGGCACUCUUGGCCUGCUUCGAUUGGCGCAAUAACUCCGGUCUGAAAUCUAGCACGCCUUUCUUCCCCGGGACUCCCAGCAAUGCAAAGAGUGUCAUCGAGAGACUCAGCGAUCCGAACGUUCCAAGGUCGCAGAUUGAGGACGAUACCAACCCCGACGUGAUCACAACGGUGAAUUUGUACGACACUGUCUGCGAUGAUGAAAGCUGUGGUGUUGAUCUGUUCUACAUGCAGAACCAACUGGAUAGGAGUGUCAAAGCGCUGGGCAGCAGGGAUAUCGCCAUCGGCUGGCUUGUCUACCAAAGUCCCAUCAUGACGAGAGCUCUAGAUUUGGCUAUCAAGUACUGCAAGGACAACAAGGAGCGACUUAUUGUGUAUGUCGAAGACUCGUGGAUCCAGUGCGUUCUUGUUGGCCUGUUCGUCACGGCUGGAUUCGAUGUCGGCACUGUCCGCACUUCGGAUGGGCCGGCUGAGACUGAUCGUAUCAUCCGAGAAUGGAACAGCCCUCAGUCUGGCCUGGAGAUCUUCGUGGCCAAUGUCUACGCCAAGGUGAUGCAUGCGGAUAUGCAAAAGUGCUGCUGCAAAGCUCUGAUUCUGGAUUGGCCGCUUGAGCCAGAACGCCUUCUUCAGACUAUAAACCACAUGGUCAAGAACAGACUGAACCGCAGGGAACCAGCAAUGGUUCACAUGCUCAAGCUUCGCUGGAGUCACCAUGAUGAAGUCGAGAGGAUUUGCUGCACCAAAUGGGCAAUGCAGCUGUCCAGGGACAUCAACCUGCCUGAAUGGAUGACAGGUGCAGUCCGUGAGGUUUGUAUCUUUGAGAUGAUCAAAACUGCGUGGCACCAGGAGUUCAACCGCUAUUCUUGGGUAGUCAUGCACGACAUGGGAGGGCGAAACUACGACGGGUCCCUCAUAUCAUAUUCCGAUGAUAUAGUCCCUCGCCUCGGUCAUGUCUUCUCCAUUGCAGCCAAGCUGAUUCUCAACUUCCCCCAGGACAAGGAGUUCUGGGCAUGUAGUGAAGAGAUCCUCGUCGCAGGGUGCUAUCGUUUCCUCAAGGUGAUUGACGCUGACGUCGGCAAAAAGGGGACUGAUAGGCUUGAGGUCAAACUGAGCUACACGCCAGAAAGGUUGAGGGAAAACUGUCUUUCGGCAUUCGAGCAUGCAAUGGGUUUCAUAAACCACCAGCUGGAAUAUGGGUACGGAUAUGGAGACGAGGGUUAUCAUGAACGGAAUGAUCAGUUGCUUCUUGGUGUCGAGGCCAGAGCUCGGGGUGAGGUUAGCGCUUGGCCUGAUGACGUGGAGAGUCAGGUUGAAGAACAAGACACCGGCGUUGAUGCUGAGAUGGAUGGAGAUGAGGAGCCAGAGCAGGCUGAUGAGACUGGCGUGAAGCGCAAGGCUGACGAUGAUGCUGAGAGUGGCGCGAAGAAGCAGAAGAUAAGCGCUGCUUAG